GGUUUUGUCCGGAGCUUCACUGCAUCUCUUUUACAUCUCAUUUCGCCUCAAUCCAUCAGCGGAGAGCAGCAGCAGCAACCAGUAGCCAUGGCGGAACAGACGGAGAAGGCAUUUCUAAAGCAGCCAAAGGUUUUCCUAAGCUCGAAGAAAUCAGGGAAAGGAAAGAGGCCUGGAAAAGGUGGAAACCGUUUCUGGAAGAACAUUGGUUUGGGUUUCAAGACUCCCCGCGACGCCAUUGAUGGACAUUACAUUGACAAGAAAUGUCCAUUCACUGGAACUGUCUCUGUGAGAGGACGUAUCUUAGCUGGUACUUGCCACAGUGCUAAGAUGCAGAGAACAAUCAUUGUUCGCCGGAACUAUCUCCACUUCGUCAAGAAGUAUCAAAGAUACGAGAAGAGGCAUUCCAACAUCCCUGCCCAUGUCUCACCCUGCUUCCGUGUUAAAGAAGGUGACCAUGUCAUCAUUGGCCAAUGCAGGCCUUUGUCAAAGACGGUGAGGUUCAAUGUGCUGAAGGUGAUCCCAGCCGGCGCAUCUGCCUUUGCGAAGAAGGCAUUCACUGGAAUGUAAUCGUUUCGAAGUUAUGGAGAGUCUUCUUUUGUUUGGUUUCUGUAUUUCAGAAUAUGUUUUGUUUGUUGAUCCCUUUUGUCUGAGACUUGGAAUGUAAUAGAAACCUACGUACUACUUUCUUCAUCUGAAAUUGCUACAUUCGAUUACUGUGUCUUUGGUAUCUCUAGAAGAAAUCAA